CCUAGGCACCUGGGCCGGGAUUCAUAAAGAUGUUUAAGUUAUGCUUAAGUAUAAGAAAUUUCUUAAAUCAAUAAAUAAUACUUAAGUAACGCUAAGAAUGAGUAUUUAUCUUAAGUUUUAUUCAUAAAACAACUUAAUUCUUAGAAAAUUCUUAAACAAUUCUUAAAAGUAAGUGUAGUCUGUAGCAGACUUAAGUUUUCAGAAUUUCUUAAGUUCACAAAUAAAAUGGCUGCCAACAUAGUUCACAGAAGGAAUUUUAGAGAGAGAAAAGACUGUUUACAGCAGUACAGUGAUCGUGAACUUAUCGAACGUUUUCGGCUUGAUUCAGGUGGAAUCCUUUUUGUGGAAUCACUUAUUCGUGAUCAAAUAUCUAGUGGCUCUCGGCGUAAUAUGGCAUUAUCCUCUCUUCAGAAAGUUCUUACUUUGAGGUUUCUAGCUACGGGCAAAAUGCAGCUGUGCAACGGCGAUGACAUGGGUGUUUCUCAGCCAACUGUCUCACGGGCCAUUACCGUAACACUGGCAAGCCUUACCUCCCCUCUUAUGAUCAGUCGGUUUGUACAAUUUCCAUCUAGCGCAGCAGAGAUUAGAAGAAACCAAGAGUCUUUUCACGCAAUCGCGGGCUUCCCAGGGAUAGUAGGCGCCAUCGAUGGUACCCACAUUCAAAUAAUUGCACCACACGAAUAUGAAAAUGAAUACGUCAAUAGACAUAACUACCACAGUAUUAACACACAAGUUGUUUUUGAUGCAAAAUAUAGAAUCAUUGAUGUUGUUGCUAAAUGGCCAGGCUCCACUCACGAUUCCCGAAUCCUUAACGAAAGUGGUUUGAGAGUCCUGUUCGAAAAUAAUCACAUCCCCAUUCACACACAUUUGCUUGGCGACAGCGGAUAUCCCUCCAAACGUUGGUUAUUGACUCCUUUUCUGAGACCAAACCAACCAUCGCAGUUGAAUUACAACAGAGCUCACAAGAAAACAAGAUCUGUGGUGGAAAGGGGUAUCGGACAACUGAAGAGGCGAUUUCAUGUACUACAUGGUGAAAUCCGCUUGUCACCUGAGAAGGCAUGUCAGGUUAUUUUGUCCUGUGCCAUUUUGCAUAACAUUUGCAAAGAUCGAUGCAUUCCAUGCCCACAAGAUCAUGAAGAUGAUGGUGAAGAUCAACAAGUUAAUGUACAUGUACCACACAUAUUUAACAACAAUGGCAAUGAUGGUCUGAGAUACCGAAAACAGUUUGCAGAGACUCACUUUUGAGUUGCAUUGGGAGUUGUGUAUGUAUUGACUGCAUGUAUGUAACUAGAAGUUGAAGAGUGGAUCAUUUAAGUACAAAAUAAUGAAAAUGAUUAGAUAUACAUGUGCUUCCUUAUAAAUUUUUAAACCUCAUCAUGACCUUGGGGUAUACCAUUUUAACCAAUUUGAAUCUAAAUAAUGAUGUAAUGAUGCUUGUGUGGGUUGUGGUGGUAUACAUUAAACAACAACACCAAUCAAUGUUUAACACAUGAGUUAAUUUAUAUUUUUUCCAGCUCUGAACAUAUAUAUAACAUUUACAAACAAACAUACACACACACAUACAUACAUACAUACAUACAUAUAUAAAAGAUAAAAAAUCAACAACAAAAAAUCAUUUGCCAAGCACAAUUUACAAUCAACACCUUUACUUUAACAGUGCUUAGAAAUGAUAGAUUAUAAAUGAACUUCAAAUUUGGCUACUGAUUUACUAUAUGGUAUAUAAUUGAUAAAUAGAUUUAUCUUACUCGACUAUUACUUUAAAAAUCAUAGACUGAAUAAACUUCAUAUGAAUAUUCAAAAACUUAACAGAAUGCAAAAAACAUAAAAUAAUAACAAAUAUCAAAUCAAUGCAAUGCAAAGCAUACCUAUGUGUGACACAGAACCUUUAAUAAAUAUUAAUCUAUAUACAAAUAAUCAUAUAUUACCAUAUAUUGACCACUUAUCCACA